CAAUUAGCAUCAUCAGUUAGGUAAUAUGGCUGCAUUACAUGGGCUAGAACUGUAAGUAUGGCAACUGGCAACUGGCAACUGGCAACCCUUGUUUAAAUUCUAUUAAAAUUCCCAAAACCCAGCCCCCAAAAUUGCUAUAACGCCGAAAAGGGUCAGUUAGGGCAAAGGCAUAAAAAUUAACAAAAGCCCUAAACCAUUGAAAAAAAAGAAGAAAAAACCCUCGAAAGAAUUAAAUAGUUUGAUGAUGAUGAUGAUGUUAGAUGGUCAAAGGCAACAAAAACUGCCCGGUCAAUAAUAAGUCAAAAAGACAGCAAAAGGGUCCCAUAAUAUACCAUUCCCUCUCUGUUUCGGUGUCUCUUAAUCACCUUUCUUUGUUUCUCAAAUCUUCUCUUCUCUUCUCUCCAUAACCGAACAGAGGACAGGACUCUCCAAUUCAAACAAACCCAACAGCUUUUUGCACUAAAUACUCGCAAUAACACUCUUUUGUACCCUCUCUCUUUUCUCUCUGUUAAGGCUUGAAGGGGUCAUGUGUGACUCAUCAAUGGCCGAUUCAGCUUCCUUCUCCAGCCUACUCAAAAGCGUUUUGACUAACAACUCUUCAACUGUUAGAUUCCAGGGGCAAUACAAUACAUCCCAACAAGAAAUUAUGGUGUCAACAAAGCCUAGAGUGUCUGAGGCACAGUUCGAACUUCCGGCUGAAUGUACGAACCCUUCUACCAAUAUAUCAUCUCUUGCUCCAGCUACAAUAUCAAUCUCCCAUUCAGCACCUGUAAUACAAAAACAUUUGUUGACGGAAAACAUUGACCGCAUUACUAGCCAUCCCCGUAUUGUUAUGGAGUCACCUGCCACUGAUGGGUAUAGCUGGAGGAAGUAUGGCCAGAAGCAGGUGAAGAGUUCUAGAAGUUUUAGAAGCUACUAUAGGUGCUCACAUUCUAAUUGCCAUGCGAAGAAGAAGGUUCAACGCUGUGAUCAAUCUGGUCAGGUUAUCGAUACUGUUUAUAUAGGUCAACAUAAUCAUGAUCUCUCGCAAAAUAAAUGCAACAUCUCAAGAGGGUCUGCAUCAUCUGCUAAGCUUACUGCAAGCAGUCAUAUUGUUGAUUCAGAUAAUAAGGUAGAUAAUGCAGAUGUGUCUAUCUGUUGGGAGGAUGGAAGGCAAUCAUCACUACACAUGACUGAAUCAGAACAACAAAGUUCAAGUAGUUCUAAUGGCAACUUUGGGAUUAAGGGUGAGGAGCAGAAUGGUACUGAGCUAGAGUCAAGCAAAUUUUAUUGUACAAGUGAGAUAGGACAUGAAACAAAGAACUCUUGUGGAAUUGCAAAGGCUGAGGUUCCGGAGAAGCAUGGUGCUGAACCAUGGCCCAGAAAAAGGAAGAAAGAAAGCAGUGUAUAUUUAGCUCCUGUCUUAAAAGCUACUAAGGAUACCAACAUUGUCGUGCAUGCUGCUGAUGGGGCCAUGUCGAGCGAUGGCUUUCGAUGGCGGAAGUAUGGUCAGAAAAUGGUGAAGGCGAAUUCUUAUUUGAGGAGUUACUAUAGAUGCACAUCAGCAGGAUGCCCUUCCCGUAAGCAUGUUGAGAUGGCCAUAGAUGAUGCAAGAACCACGACAAUUAAAUAUGAAGGGAAACAUGACCAUGACAUGCCAGUACCUAGGAAACAAAAAGGUUCAAAAAGUCUUGUUCAUAAUUCCCCUCCUGCCAAUGCGAAUGCUGCUCACUGCAAGAAAACUAGCAAUUUAUCCAGUCAAAGGUUUUCAAGUUCAACUGAAUGGGCAGUGGACAGGGAAGAAAAUAUGAUGGACGAAAAGGUCUUGGAGCUUGGAGGUGAGAUGGCAUUGGAGUCGGCUCAAACUCUUCUCAGCAUUGGAACUGAACUUAGGCCAUGUUGAGAAACGAAUUGUAAUUUAAACUGAGGCAGAAACUUAUCUGAAUGAGCUCCAUCUUCGAUGGAGAUUUUGCACCCUCCCCAACUGAAGUUUCAACGAAGUUGACAGUUUUUCCAUGGUGAUUUCCUUACAAGGUUUCUGUACAGCAUCUUAGUAUCUAUAGAUCAUUGAUUUGUAGCUUCCUCAAUUCUUGUAAUAGAGGUUUUCUAAUCAGCAAUUCCAUUCAGCUUGGAAGGUCAAGAUUGAUUCA